UGAGAUAGAGAUAUCCUGCCUGUGGGGUGUUGAGCUUUGCCACUUACUAGCUUUCACAAAUUUCUAGAAAUGUGCCCUUUUUCUUGCUUGGAAUUAAGCUGGCUGAGAUCACAUGCUUUGAAACACUUGAACCUGUUGUUGGUCACACCUUGGCCUUACGUGGUGAGGGAGUUGCUACCGUAAGUCCCUGUCUUGUUUAGAAAAGGGAGUUUGUUGAGAAACGUGGGGCUAACUCAGAGCUCCUGAUGGAUACAUAUAUUUGGGGAGGUGGCAAAGAUCUGAUCGGCACAAAAGUCUCCUGGUCAGACUCGAAUGAAGGGGUACCUUUCUAUAUUUGAUUCCCUCAUCUGAUAGAUGCAUUGUGUUCUCCCAGAACUUUGAUUCCUUGGGCUGUGCUAAUUAUCUUCCCUCUCUAGCCAAACAAAACAACCCCCCCCCCAAAAAAAAGAAACAGGAAAUCGGAAAAACGGCUAGCCUUGGUGUGACUUGGUAAUAACAAAAGCUGUGGUUGCUUCCCCAGGGGCAGAGUGCAAGGGAAAGCUUUUCAGCCUAGGGGAAAGAAGAUUCCUGGCUGAAAGCCCAAAAGGGCAGACUGCUUCCUCUCCCAGGUGUUCCCUAGAACGGAGAAUGACACUACCUUGGGUAACUUCGGCAAAACAAGAAUGAACAAGAUGAUACUUCCCUGCCAGAGACCGUUCAAUGACCAGUGAUGGGGAGUAUGCGAUAGGGGCCCAGCUAGUCUAGGAGGCAGCUGUUUGUCCCCCUUUACAUAGGCGGAGAAACCAAGAUGUAGUGUGAAAAGGGACUUGCCCACGCUCAUGGAUUGACGUGGAGCAGACGUUAUGACACUUUUUCAAGCCAGGGGCUCCUCCCAAAAGUGACCAGCCUUUCCCCACCCAUGCUCCAGGCCUGCCUAGACCUGCCUACACCUGUAGUUGCUGCCCAGGGAGCUAAGUCUCCUCCCCAAACAAUCUUGUAAACUCAGUAAACCUGGCCUUUCCUCUCUGCCUCUGGCUUUGUUUCAUCCUCCUCUCCCUUUCCUUUGCUCUCUGUCCUGUCUCUUGCAGGUCUUGGCUGGCAUGUCAGGAAAGGGGUCCCCUCCCAUGGCCUCCUACUCUGGAGAGCCAGGGCUCCUGUCCUGUGGGUCCUGUGACAUGGUUUUCCGCUCCUGGCCGCUGUUGGCCACCCACACUCAGCGCUUCUGCAUUGGCCGUCUGACCCGAGAGGUAACACCUGGAGCCCACCUCUCAAAAGGGCCGUCUCUGUGGCCACAUGGGUGGGUAUUUAAGCAACUCUGACCCUCAGGAUAUUUCAUCCCCACACCCUGUCGCCAGGUGGUGCCACAAGAACACCAGGGCCUCCCAGACCAGGAGGCCAGCAAAUUGGCUCUUAAGAAGCUAACAGAAGAGGUGCAGCGGCUGCGGCUGUACCUACAGGAAAUGCGACCCUGGAUAACAAAGGUCUCCAGAGGAUUAGAAGGGCCCCGGAGCCAAACUGAGGUGCAGACUCAGGGCCCCACCCCCGAAGUUGCUGGAAGCCCUGGCGAGCGGCUGCGGGCGCUGCAGGGGACUCACGCAAAGCGGGUGGCGGAGACGGAGUCACAGAGCCGGGCCCUGGAGCGACGCAGCGAGGAACUGAGCCAACGCCUCCAAGGUUUGGCCCAGACCCGGGGCGGAAUAUCCCGCCUUUCCGGUCUGGAGCGGGAGCUUCGAGAACUCCGGGCAGAAGCCGGGCGAACGCGGGGAGCUCUAGAAGUGCUAGGGACGCACGUUCAGCAGCUACAGCCGGAGUCCUGGACCCGGCUCAACGCCUUGCGAGAGGCGGAACUCUGUUGUCCGGUGCUACAGGCCAACCCAGGAACUCUGGCUGCCGAGAUCGGGGCCCUGCGUGAGGCCUACGUUCGAGGCGGGGGCCGGAACCCCGGCGUUCUGGGCCAGAUAUGUCAGUUGCAGGUGGAGGCAUCAGCGCUGGAGCUGCGGAGGCUGCGGACCCACAGAGGAAGACGGGCAGGUGUCGCACUGGGGGAGCUUCUAGUGGUGGAAGCCGAAAACCGGCGCCUGGAGGCAGAAAUCCUGGCCUUGCAGAUGCAGAGGGGCGCAGGCCCUGCGUCCUGGGGGCCUAGCGAGCCUCGACCCGUGGUGAAUCCCCCCCGAUGCCUGGGGAGGAGGGAAGAUCCCCCGCGCCUCCCGCCGCCGGUGGCUCCCCCGCUGCCGCCGAGUCCACUCUUCCCCCACCCACAGCUGCAGGUUCCUGGCACCCUGACCAGGAACCCUGGCCUGGAUCCAUACUUCCUCCUGCCGGCUCCUGACGUUCUGGGCCCUGCACCCUAUGACCCUGGGGCUGGGCUGGUCAUUUUCUAUGACUUUCUUCGGGGCCUUGAGGCUUCUUGGCUUUGGGUGCAACUCAUGACUGGCCUGACACGAGAUGGACAGGACACAGGAGGGGCCACAGCAUUGCCUCCAGCCCUUUGCUUGCCCUCACCUCCAGCUCCUGGGCCCAUGGGCAACUGUGCCAUCCUUGCCAGCAGACAGCCCGUACCCAGGCUGCCACCUUCACCACCGGUAGCCCUGGUCUGUGAACUACAGGCCUGGCAGGGGCUGGCAUGGGCUAGGGAACCACAGCCGAAGGCUUGGGCCUCACUGGUGCUAUUUGACCGGGAUCAAAGGGUGCGAAGUGGCCGUUGGCGUCUUCCACUUCGGGCCCUUCCUCUGGACCCCAGCCUUACCCUUAGACAGCUGAAUGGGAUUCCCCAGGUAGGUGAGGUUGAGCUCUUUCUGCGACUGGUUAACGCAAGAGAUGAAGGUGUCCAGACACUGGCCGAGAUCAACCCAGCAAGUGCCCAGGAGUACCAGUACCCACCUCCGAUGUCCAGCUCACCUUCACUGGAAGCAAGCUCCCUUGCCCCAAAAGCUGGCUUUGUUGACCCUCCUCCUCCUGCAGAAGAGCCCUCAGCAGCAGAGUCAAGGAUAGAUGGUUUGGGCCCUCAUCACAGCUUUGACCCCACACCCUCUGGCUUUCGGAGUCUAGGAGAAUGUGGGCAUGAGUAGCUUAACAGGCUCAGAACUAGUACUUAGAUGAGGCUUGUUGUCAGACCUGCAGCUCUACUACUACACGUUCUCAGAGGGUCUAGAAGCAAAUAGCAGAUACAAGCUCAAAAUAGGAGGUCCAACCACAGCUUUACCACCUUCCACAAAUACUUGGCCUUUAUCAGUUUUCCUCUUGUAAAACGGAUGUGAGGAUUAAAUGGAUGUCAGGUAUUUUCAA